AGUUAAAUUACCACAUUCAGAUGAGCCAUCAGCAGCAUGGAGUAUUUUUCUUCAUUCAAGCAGAAGAAAUAACGGGAGAAGACGCUCGCGUCUAGUCGCUGGUAUUGAGAGAUCCACACCUUGCAGUUAGAUCCAUAUCUUCUCUCCAGCCCCAACAUGUUCCUCCGAUCGCUGUACGGCUCGCGCAUGCCCCAAACGCUCCACCCGCGCGUGGACCCACAAGCCUCCAGCUACUGGGAAGAAGAUACUGCCAGCUCUCAGGAAAUUGCGCGUGCCAUGGAGGAAGCGGACACGUCGGACGUCGAGCCCGAGGACGAGGGCAAGAAGAAGAACAGCGUGCUAGCUGCUGCUCUGGCUGGAGAUGAGCACGCGAGUCGCCGCCUCUCGAUCCCGACGCUGUCGUCGCAGUUGGCAGCUCUGCUAGGACCUGACGGCAUGGCAUUAGACGAUAUGGACAACCUGCGUGUGGAGGACAUGGACUCUCCUGUGAACGCGCAACUGUCGCCUGCUGGCCUCAUUUCGAUCGCUGCCGCAGACAUCGACGAGGCUAAUAACAAUUCGCAGAACAUGCCGCCAGUCAACGGAGAGCUGGACUUGGCCUUCAUCCGCUCGCUUCGUCAAGCGUCAACUGAGGCGGAUACGGAGACACAACCUUCGCUUGUGGUGAAUGCAGCACUUCGUCAACUGCUGGGGUCUCUCCCUACUUCCAGAGGAUCAGUUUGUGAGGAGCCGGCAGUGGAUGUUGACGCUGUGGAGAGUGACAACAAACUCUUCUCACUGGUGCGGCGCCACCUCAACUUGCUCGGAACCACUUCAACUUCAGCUACGGACGAGGCUGUAGAUAAUGCCGCGGAGGGCCAGAGCAAACUGCGCUUCCUGUCACUGCUACGGCGCAUCAACGAGCUACGCUCGCAGCAAGUUGAUACUGAGAGCUGGGAUGGCCUCCCAUACCCGCAGAUCAUUGCGCUUCCGACGUUCAAGUACCAAAUCCGCGAACACGUCGAGGAAAACCACGCGGAAGAGGACAGCGAGGUUAACAACACGGUGUGUGCAGUGUGCUGUGAUGAGUUCGAAGCGGAGGAAGAAGUGCGCGCACUUCCGUGUCUGCACUUCUACCACCGCGAGUGCAUCGACCAGUGGCUCAUGUGUCACCGCCAAUGCCCGAUCUGCAAGCACGUCGUUGCCGUCUAUUAGGCAUUGGACAAAUUGGGAGCUUUCGCAUACGAAAGCUAGGAAUGUAAUCUCAUUGUAUAACAGAAAAAAGUUAUGGGGGCAAGGCAUUUGCAUGUAUUCAUCGCCUACAGUCUCCUCUGCCUCCAGCGCAUCAAGUACAAAUACGCACACUCUUUAUUCUCGGUCCUUCUCUGCGCUUAGUGAUCCAAGAUGCGCAGAUUGCCAGUCACCACCUUGUUUUCUAGCACCGUUCCGUCCGGCAGAUCAAUGUGAGCACCUUCAUUCGCUACAAGAAUCACCGUUCCCUACAACGUACAGCAUACCAUGAUGAGCAUUAAUUCUAUAGCAAUCCACAGGUUGAAUGGAACUUACCUUGAGUGUGA